UUACCUGGCUGACCAGUGCUGGAAUGGCGGCUGCAUCUACCUGAUCAUGCUCCGGAGGAUCAAGCGUAAAGCCCCUCUCCCUCCGUGCAAUGGAAACGGCAACGCCGCCGUCACUGGUGGCAGCGGUGCCAUCCAAGAUGGCCGAAACUCUCUGGACCACCAGAGCAGCGUGUCCUCCAAGCCUCCUGGCAGCCUUCCGACGCAGACCGUUGGCAGCAAACGGACGCGAAAGUUUGGCGUCAUCGCCCGGUCGACGUUCAAUCGCGAUAGUAAAGACCCUAAGAAUGGGAGCUGGUACGAUGGCGGCGGGGAGACGCUGGAGAACGGUUACCGCAGCUACGGAGGGUCCGCGGUCUCCAUGGACACAGAGGUCACGCCCCCGGAGCCUAGUAGCUCCACCACUUCCAUGGACACACCCCCAGAGGAGGAGCCAAGAGAACCAGGACCAGGGACUGUUCUGCCCCCUCUAGCGAUCCCCCAUCACCUGCAGAACGGGGGAGGGACCGUCACCCUGCCGAACCGCUCCCACAGAGGACUGUCGGAACACAAGACCGAGUCACUCAGCAGUGAUACCUCCAGUCAGGUAAGACAGACAGAAUCACUCAGCAGUGAUACCUCCAGUCAGGUAAGACAGACAGAAUCACUCAGCAGUGAUAUCUCCAGUCAGGUAAGACAGACAGAAUCACUCAGUAGUGAUAUCUCCAGUCAGGUAAGACACAGUAUGUUAUAGAUACAGUAUAUAUUCCAAACAGUUAAGACACAGUAUAUUAUAGAUACAAUAUAUAUUCCAGUGGACUGUCAUUUCUCUUUGCUUAUUUGAGCUGUUCUUGCCAUAAUAUGGACUUGGUCUUUUACCAAAUAGGGCUAUCUUCUGUAUACCAUCCCUACCUUGUCACAACACAACUGAUUGGCUCAAACGCAUUAAGAAGGAAAGAAAUUCCACAAAUUAACUUUUAACAAGACACACCUGUUAAUUGAAAUGCAUGAAAUGACUAACUCAUGAAGCUGGUUGAGAGAAUGCCAAGAGUGUGCAAAGCUGUCAUCAAGGCAAAGGGUGGCUAUUUGAAGAAUCUCAAAUAUAAUUUGUUUAACACUUUUUUGGUUACUACAUGAUUCCAUAUGUGUUAUUUCAUAGUUUUGAUGUUUUCACUAUUAUUCUACAAUGUAGAAAAUAGUAAAAAUAAAGAAAAACCCUUGAAUGAGUAGGUGUGUCCAAACUUUUGACUGGGACUGUAUAUAUAUAUAUAUAUACCGUACCAUCCUGCACUCUGCCUCACAUCAGCACUGAAAGGAGACAGUAUAAAGCGGUCUCUUAAAGAAAGGGAGACGUAGUUUGAUCGUGGAUGUGUGGUCGUCUCCAUAUGUUUCUGAUGUAACUCACCCUGAGAUCUGGCCUACCAAACCUUACAGCCCAGAGUUCAGAGCUGUUAUUCAGUCCAGACCAUCCAGUGGUGUAGAGGCUCAGAAUAGACAGUUUGUUUCCAGCCCAGUGCAGAUGUUCCCAUGUGUCAGUGUUUUAGCCAAUCAGAGGGGAUAUGUUCCCUUGUGCCAGUGAUUGAACCAAUGAGACAGGCAGAUGUUCCCAUGUGUCAGUGGUUUAGUCAAUCAGAGGAGGUUAGGCUUGAGGCCCUUUCAGGGUCAGAUCGCCCACUCUAACAUUAAGGAGCUCAAAGGUCUCUGGUUUAAAAGGGCUGACUGGUUUAGGGCUUGAAGAUGAAGCCUUUUGAAAAUACGAAAGUAUCUGUCACUACCAGACAUGUUCCUCCACAAGGGAUGUGUUUUUGUUCAUUUGUACUGAAUUUACAUGAGGUAAUGCAAUAGUGGAAUUGAAAGUUUUGUUGUGUUUGUGUAACAUCUUACAUGAGAACAGAAACAAUAGUAAUGAAUGAAAUGAGUCAGUCUGACCAUAGAGGCCAUCCUUCUUAACCUCCAUAAAAAUCUCCACUUGUUGAGUCAACUUAACUGGACAAGACUCAAAUCUUCAAAAACACUCCAGAAGUCCUACCUCCCCAUGUACACCCAUGAGUCAUCUACAGUGAUUAACCUCACCACAGAUAAAUCCUAAACAAAUACAGCAUGCUACUUUAACGCUAUUAUCUUUUAAUCAUAUUAGCAUGAAUCAGGUUGAGCUGGGAUAGCUACAAUACACCUGAAAAUCCUGUAUACCAGAUAAAAAUGUUUCUGGUUGGAACGCUUCUGGUUGAUCCAGACUCUCUUUCCUGUUAGGGGUAGGCCUAACAUUAGCUGAUCUCUUACCUGUUAGGGGUAACAUUAGCUGAUCUCUUCCCUGUUAGGGGUAGGCCUAACAUUAGCUGAUCUCAUACCUGUUAGGGGUAACAUUAGCUGAUCUCUUCCCUGUUAGGGGUAACAUUAGCUAUUAGCUGAUCUCUUACCUGUUAGGGGUAACAUUAGCUGAUCUCUUACCUGUUAGGGGUAACAUUAGCUAUUAGCUGAUCUCUUACCUGUUAGGGGUAACAUUAGCUGAUCUCUUACCUGUUAGGGGUAACAUUAGCUAUUAGCUGAUCUCUUCCCUGUUAGGGGUAACAUUAGCUAUUAGCUGAUCUCUUACCUGUUAGGGGUAACAUUAGCUAUUAGCUGAUCUCUUACCUGUUAGGGGUAACAUUAGCUGAUCUCUUACCUGUUAGGGGUAACAUUAGCUAUUAGCUGAUCUCUUACCUGUUCAAAUCAAAUCAAACUUUAUUGGCCACAUGCGCCAAAUUCAACAGGUGCAGACAUUACAGUGAAAUGCUUACUUACAGCCCUUAACCAACAGUGCAUUUAUUUUUUAUAUAAAAGUAAAAUAAACCAACAACAAAAAAGUGUUGAGAAAAAAAAGAGCAGAAGUAAAAUAAAGUGACAGUAGGGAGGCUAUAUAUACAGGGGGGUACCGGUGCAGAGUCAAUGUACGGGAGCACCGGCUAGUUGAGGUAGUUGAAGCAAUAUGUAAAUGUGGGUAGAGUUAAAGUGACUAUGCAUAAACAAUUAACAGAGUAGCAGCAGCGUAAAAAGAUGGGGUGGGGGGGUAGUGCAAAUAGUCUGGGUAGCCAUGAUUAGCUGUUCAGGAGUCUUAUGGCUUGGGGGUAGAAGCUGUUGAGAAGUCUUUUGGACCUAGACUUGGCACUCCGGUACCGCUUGUCGUGCGGUAGCAGAGAGAACAGUCUAUGACUAGGGUGGCUGGAGUCUUUGACAAUUUUGAGGGCCUUCCUCUGACACCGCCUGGUAUAGAGGUCCUGGAUGGCAGGAAGCUUGGCCCCAGUGAUGUACUGGGCCGUACGCACUACCCUCUGUAGUGCCUUGCGGUCGAAGGCCGAGCAGUUGCCAUACCAGGCGGUGAUGCAACCAGUCAGGAUGCUCUCGAUGGUGCAGCUGUAGAAUUUUUUAAGGAUCUGAGGACCCAUGCCAAAUCUUUUCAGUCUCCUAAGGGGGAAUAGGCUUUGUCGUGCCCUCUUCACGACUGUCUAGGUGUGUUUGGACCAUGAUAGUUUGUUGGUGAUGUGGACACCAAGGAACUUGAAGCUCUCAACCUGUUUCACUACAGCCCCGUCGAUGUGAAUGGGGGCAUGCUCAGUCCUCUUUUUUUUCCUGUAGUCCACAAUCAUCUCCUUUGUCUUGGUCACGUUGAGGGAGAGGUUGUUAUCCUGGCACCACACGGCCAGGUCUCUGACCUCCUCCCUAUAGGCUGUCUCAUCGUUGUCGGUGAUCAGGCCUACCACUGUUGUGUCGUCGGAAAACUUAAUGAUGGUGUUGGAGUCGUGCCUGGCCAUGCAGUCAUGGGUGAACAGGGAGUACAGGAGGGACUGAGCACGCACCCCUGAGGGGUCCCCGUGUUGAGGAUCAGCGUGGCAGAUGUGUUGUUACCUACCCUUACCACCUGGGGGCGGCCCGUCAGGAAGUCCAGGAUCCAGUUGCAGAGGGAGGUGUUUAGUCCCAGGAUCCUUAGCUUAGUGAUGAGCUUUGAGGGCACUAUGGUGUUGAACGCUGAGCUGUGUUCAAUGAAUAGCAUUCUCACGUAGGUGUUCCUCUUGUCCAGUUGGGAAAGGGCAGUGUGGAGUGCAUUAGAGAUUGCAUCAUCUAUGGAUCUGUUGGGGCGGUAUGCAAAUUGGAGAGGGUCUGGUGUUUCUGGGAUAAUGGUGUUGAUGUGAGCCAUGACCAGCCUUUCAACGCACUUCAUGGCUACAGACGUCAGUGCUACGGGUCGGUAGUCAUUUAGGCAGGUUAUCUUAGUGUCCUUGGGCACGGAGACUAUGGUGGUCUACUUGAAACAUGUUGGUAUUAUAGACUUAGUCAGGGACAUGUUGAAAAUGUCAGUGAAGACACUUGCCAGUUGGUCAGUACAUGCUCGGAGUACACGUCCUGGUAAUCCGUCUGGCCCUGCGGCCUUGUGAAUGUUGACCUGCUUAAAAGUCUUACUCACAUUGGCUACGGAGAGCGUGAUCACAUAGUCGUCCGGAACAGCUGGUGCUCUCAUGCAUGCUUCAGUGUUGCUUGCCUCGAAGCGAGCAUAGAAGUAGUUUAGCUCGUCUGGUAGGCUUGUGUCACUCACGGCUGUGCUUCCCUUUGUAGUCUGUAAUAGUUUUCAAGCCUUGCCACAUCCGACGAGUGUCAGAUUCAAUCUUAGUCCUGUAUUGACUCUUUGCCUGUUUGAUGGUUCGUCGGAGGGCAUAGUGGGUUGUUUAGCAACAAAAACUAUAGACGGGUUGGUUGUUUAGCAACAAAAACUAUAGAUGGGUUGGUUGUUUAGCAACAAAACCGACGCGUGCACAACUAUUGGGCAAAACAGAUGCGGUUGGCUCCAAUGUUUAUUGAAAACAUAAAUACAUUUGCACAAUGAGCACUUUGUCUCUCAAAUACAUCGUUACAGUUGUUGGUUAGCUAGCUAGUUAGCUAGUGAAUGUUAGCCACAUUAGCAGAGACAUCAGUCAAAACAAGACAAGAACAAGAUCAAACUUAGCUGAAACGAGCCACUUACGAUUCUCCACAUGGCAGUUUCUUGUCAUUGUUGCUAAGCGAUCUGGACAUCCAGAACCAUAACAACAGGUGUGCUAAUCCCCUUUGAACCACACACAUUUUAUGUUGUGACUUUGUCAGCUAACCUGUCUACUUAACACUUUGUUUCACAGUACAGAGAAAAAACAGAAAUAUGAACCGUUAAAGCUAAUCUAAGUGCCAGGGCUUUAAACAAGUCUUCUGUUGUUUUUUUAUUUACAAAUAUAAACUGUUCUCUGCCCCUUGUAGAAUAUUUGACACCACUAUUGUUUGACUUGUAGCUAAUGGUGUGGUAUAUUAUGGGGUAUACAGUGCAUUCGAAAGUAUUCAUACCCCUUCACUUUUUCCACAUAUUGUUACGUUAUUUAAUCUAAAAUGGAUUAAAUAGACCAUUUUCCUCAUCAAUUUACACACAAUACCCCAUAAUGACAAAUCGAAAACAGGUUUUUAGAAAUACCUGAUUUACAUAAGUAUUCAGACCCUUUGCUAUGAGACUCGAAAUUGAGCUCAGGUGCAUCCUGUUUCCAUUGAUCAUCCUUGAGAUGUUUCUACAACUUGAUUGGAGUCCACCUGUGGUAAAUUCAAUUGAUUGGACAGGAUUUGGAAUGGCACACACCUGUCUAUAUAAGGUCCCACAGAUGACAGUGCAUGUCAGAGCAAACACCAAGCCAUGAGGUUCGAAGGAAUUGUCCGUAGAGCUCAGAGACAGGAUUGUGUCGAGGCACAGAUCUGGGGAAGGGUACCAAAAAGGUUCUGCAGCAUUGAAGGUCCCCAAGAACACAGUGGUCUCCGUCAUUAUUAAAUGGAAGAAGUUUGCCAAGCUUGCAGUGUCAUACCCAAGAAGACUCGAGGCUGUACAUUUCUAAAAACCUGUUUUUACUUUGUCAUUAUGGGGUAUUUUACAUUUUUAGUUAUUUAGCAGACGCUUUUAUCCAGAGCGACUUACAGUUAGUGAGUGCAUACAAUUAUUUUUUAUUUUUCAUACUGGCCCCCCGUGGGAAUCGAACCCACAACCCUCUACCAACUGCCGGCCAUACCCUCCCCUACCCUGGGCCAAUUGUGCGCCGCCCCAUGGGUCUCCCGGCUGCGGCCGGCUACGACAGAGCCUGGAUUCGAAACCAGGAUCUCUAGUGGCACAGGUAGCACUGCGAUGCAGUGCCUUAGACCACUGCACCACUCAGGAGAUAUUGUGUGUAGAUUGAUGAGAAAAAAACAACAACAUUAAAAGAAUAAAGCUGUAACGUAACAAAAUGUGGAGGGGUCUGAAUACUUUCCGACUGCACUGUAUUAUGGGGUAUAUUAUGGGGUAUGUUAUGGGGUAUGUCAUGGGGUAUGUUAUGGGAUAUAUUAUGGAGUAUGUUAUGGGGUAUGCUAUGGGGUAUGUUAUGGGGUAUAUUAUGAAGUAUGUUAUGGGGUAUAUUAUGAAGUAUGUUAUGGGGUGUGUUAUGGGGUAUAUUAUGAAGUAUGUUAUGGGGUGUGUUAUGGGGUAUAUUAUGAAGUAUGUUAUGGGGUAUAUUAUGGAGUAUGUUAUGGGGUAUAUUAUGAAGUAUGUUAUGGGGUAUAUUAUGAAGUAUAUUAUGAAGUAUGUUAUGGGGUAUAUUAUGAAGUAUAUUAUGGGGUAUGUUAUGGGGUAUGUUAUGGGGUAUAUUAAGGGGGUAUAUUAUGGGGUAUGUUAUGGAGUAUGUUAUGGGGUAUAUUAUGGGGUGUAUUAUGUGUUAUACAUUUACGUCAUUUAGCAGACGCUCUUAUCCAGAGCGACUUACAGUUAGUGAAUACAUUUUUUAUUUUUUUUUAUACUGGCCCCCCGUGGGAAUCAAACCCACAACCCUGGCGUUGCAAACGCCAUGCUCUAUCAACUGAGCUACAUCCCUGCCGGCCAUUCCCUCCCCUACCCUGGACAAAUUGUGCGCCGCCCAUGAGUCUCCCGGUCGCGGCCGGCUGCGACAGAGCCUGGAUUCGAACCAGGAUCUCUAGUGGCACAGUUAGCACUGCGAUGCAGUGCCUUAGACCACUGCGCCCCUCAGGAGCUCGUUAUGUUAUGGGGUAUAUUAUGGGGUAUAUUAUGGGGUAUGUUAUGGGGUAUAUUAUGGGGUAUAUUAUGGGGUAUAUUAUGCUUCUCCAGCCAUAUAAAGAUAGAGAUACUUCUUGAUAAUAAAUCCUUAUCAUUAUAUAAACUACUGGUGAUAAUAAUGUGGGGCUUGUGUCCGUUACAACUAUCAGUGUCAACAAGGCUGGUAUGGCUAUUAAUGAGGUAAUAAAGGAAGCAAAGAAAAAAAAAACACAAAAAAGGAGAGAGAGCGAGAGAGAGAGAAGAGGCGAGUCGAGCGAUAAGAUGACGUGCGGGCGGCGCUAUUGGUCGCUAGCUCUAGGCGGAGGGAAGUCGAGCUAGAGAUAACGAGCGAAAAGAUAGUGCGACUGCAAAGAGUCUGCCUUAAUAAUAGGUAGACGAGAGAUAGAGAUUCUAGAGUGAUCUCUCUUCUAACCGUAUCGCUCUAUAUCUCUCUAUUAGCUACU